AUGGUACUUACCUAUAUAGUUCCAGACAUUCCGAGUUUUCAGGGCAAGGCCCUAGUAUCUGCUGUUAAGUACUGGCUCGAGGGUGAGCCCCGGGAGUUCCGCGUUAGACUGAUCGACACGGAUUGGGAGAAAAUUGACGAGCGCCUAUGUAUAUCUAAGGUUCUAACAUUUAGACAGCUAGACGGCCGUCAACUGAAGUUCCGUACGGACUUCCGACCCGCAGCACGAUACCUAUACUUCCAUUACUGUGUGCAGAUGCUACGAAUGUGCUGGCAACAUAGUAGCCGCGGUAAGUCCAGCCAAGCCGCCGCAAUUCUACAAGCGGAAAGGGGGAAGCCGUUCUGGGGGACUGCUGGAAGAUAUCUCCCGCGAAACAUGCUCUUGGCCCUCGUGGAGGAUAUGGGCCAUGAAUAUAAGUCCGUUAUGAAUGGGGCUGCGGGAAGUCGGGCGGAUGACGAUAAACUUCUACUAGCCCUGCUUUCGAAAGGCGUCAAGGCUCGACCAUCUAUUCUGGCGCCGGGGAUUUUUGAUGGUACUCGUUCGGAGGAAGACGUGUCUGAGAUUGACUAUGAUGGCGAUGAUGACGAUGAGGAUGAGUGGAGUGAGUAG